AUGCCUCCCGCAAACCCACGCAAGAGGAAAUCCAGUGAAAUGGAGGAGGAACCUGCUCCCGCCGCCACUCCAACUGGAAGCCCUAGGAAGAAGAUGAGGAUAACACAAUCACAAAAGCAAGCAUUGAUGGAUAAUCUGCAAUUAGAGAUCACUGAACGAGCACGACAGCUUCGAGCCGGCUAUUCACUUCAAUGCGCCGAUCUUCGAGCUCGCAUUGAAAGACGCGUCAAUCGAAUCCCCUUGGCUGUUCGGAAAAUGACUAUGGGUGAGCUCAUGGAACAACACCAAGCCAACAAGACGAAGACCACGAAAAUACAAGCUGUACCACCCAAACAAUCCCAGGCAGAAGCUGAAGAAACAGAGCGACCUCUCCCACCACUACCAAGACAAGAAGUGGCUAAGGUUCCUUCCCCAGCGCGUUCAGUUCCGCAAGCAGCACCCACUCGAGGCAAGAAGCGGAAAAGUACCAUUCGAAUCGCGUCGGACAAGGAAAACGAGAAUGCAGUUGGCUUGGAGAAUCUACCCGUGCUGAAGAACAACAAACGCACCAAAGCAGGGCAAGCAGCACCAGGAACACGGACGGCAUCUCGAACUGUGAAAGCCAACUCUGUGCUCUCACCGCGAUCUCAUAACUCUCGGACACUUCCUCGCUCCCCGAUUAAAGAGUACACUGUAGCACCCAAUUCGCCAGCCAAGAGCUUUAUCGCCAGACCCAUCUCACCUCUCAAACCAGUCAGUCCGUUCAAAUCAGCAGCGACUGCGGCCACGUCGGCUAUUUCUGCAAGUGUACACGGCAUGAUCGAACAAGCGAAGCGAGGAACUGCCGCACGAAUGACUCGAACAGCAUCGAAGGAAAAACCAGCAACCACAGGAACUCGAGGGAAAAUGCUUCCCCCGCCCCGUCCAGGCCUCAACAGCGCAUCCUCGCCUCAACGGACAGCCAGCCAAUCCAGCAGCCAUAGUGCGACUACCGAUAUCUCAAUAAGCUCGACCAACACGACCGUCGUGAAACCAAAACGUGGACGCCCAGCGGCAGCGACAGCCAAAGCAGUUGAGCAGAAGAGCCCCGGAAUGGCAAGACGGGGCGUUGCAAGGGCGGCGAGUGCAGCAAAAACGGCCUUGAAGCGUAAUCCAACCACAGCAAACAAGAAGGUGGUGAUUGCUGAGCCUGCCACUGGGAGACGGAUCCUAAGGAAAAGGACUUGA